AUGACACUGACUACACCAAACACUUCAGAUGCGACAUUCGCUAAUACAACAAUGUAUCUUAACUCGGUUUGUCCUGGCUAUACACAACUAGAGGAUAAUGAGUACCACAGUCUACCGAAUGACAUGCCUAGGUCAACUGCGGAAAUUGCGUGGCCCGUGACAAAUGGGAAACUGAUUAAUGCUAAAUUGAAGUUGGAGAGCGACUACUUAAACAUUGCUCGUCCACCAUUGGGUCCGUUCGAAUCGACUACAUAUGUUUCGCUACCUCUUCACCUAGUGAAUGCAUUUAAAGAGAAGGUGCAACAAAGUGACAAGCGGCUGGAGGGCAAUAUGCACAUUGGUGCCAAUGUCAACCCAUUAACGCAAGAUCCAUUUCGAAAUCCCAAUAUGAACCCCGGUGCAUUAACGACAAUUGUGGAAACAAGAACCCGAUUUCAGUCCAAAAAUCCAUUCAAUAAGUUGACUACAAACUUGAACAAGCUAUUCACCAAGGAUGAAUUUUACGACAAUGUCGAAGCCUCCGAUGUCAGUAUUUUGAGCUAUAACGACGAUUUCGCUUCAUGUGGGAGACUUUUGGUAUCAACAAAUGUUAACGUGCUUAAUGUAUUGGGGUUAUCGGAAUCGUCACAGUUUGAACACACAAAGGUUAGGGAGAAUGAAUCAAAAAUUGAGCAGCCUUUGCUACGACUCCAGUUGAGUAGUAAGUGCGUGAUAACGUCUUUAACUGCGUUUGUGUUUCACGAAGAGCCGAUAAUAAUUUUGGGGUGUAAUCAGGGUAAAGUGGUCAUUGUUAAGCCAAGGAGUAUGAAGAUGAAACAGAUUGAUUUGAAUUUGAAUUCGCCUGAAUCAAUCAAUCUUGUAAAUGUGUCAACGGUGCAUGCUAUAAGGCAUCCGCUUUAUGAGUACCUUAUCGUUACUGGAACUUCUAAUGGUGAAGUGUUUAUUCUCAAUCCACUUGGAAGAAAUGAAAUGCGAAAUUACAAAAAGGAGGUGGUCGGCACUGAUUCGUACGUAACGUAUUUCCGCAAGUUUGACCUAAGCUUAUUUGGCGAACCUAGUGAUGAUCAAUUGAUUGGUCACUUCAAGUUGUGUCAUAAAUCGAUUACGGCGAUUUCGUCAACAUUGUCUGUGGAAAAUGCAUUACGAAAUGACUUGCAACCGUUGUUGUUGGCAGUGGCCUCUGAAGACGGGUUUGUCAAAUUUAUCGAUUUCAUGUUUACCUACCGUCUUGAUCAAGAGGAAGUUAGUAGCAGCUUAGUGACUGAUAUUGUGUCCAAUUAUUUCAACACGGGUAUCUCCGACAUCAAGUUUAGUCCUGACUUUAAGUUUUUCUCGAUUGUGGGUAAAGGUGACUUGAUUGAAGUAUUUAAAAUGACAUAUUACAACAUCAAUGGGCUAUUGCGGAAACCCGAACGCCAAGGCAGAUCAAGAAGUGGAACGGUGAAUAGUCACAAUUCACUUUACACUUCGAUGACAGCUACACAAAGCUUGCAUGAUCACGGUCAAGAGAAGCUGUACCCUCCAAUGGUCAAGUCAAUUGAGAUCGUUUGUCGGUUUAAAGGACAUACAAACUCUGUAAGAGCUAUCCAGUUUUUCAACGACAACAACAGCAGCAGCAGCAGCAAUGACUCCCUACUGGUGUACAAAUUAGUCAGUUGCGGUAAUGAUGGAAAGAUAUUUGUGUGGGAGUUUGACUACAAAGCAGUUCCCAAGGUGAAAAAGCCCCAAGCUGUUGUGUCUCAAUCCAAGCCACGUGAAAGUAGAAGGUCGAUUCAUGAGAAGAAAAACAGUAUUCAUAUAGUCACACACAGCCCUAGUCCUGGUCCUAUACAUUCCAGGUCGGCGCACCGGAGAAACUUGUCGACGUCGGAUCCAAUUUUGAACACGCCUUCAUUUACCAACUUGUUGUCUACUAAAAGCCUAAACUUGACGAGUGUGUUGCUGGAUGACCCCUCGCCAAAGCCCAAACAACCUGAAACGAUUAUCUCCCUUUACAAGCAAUUACUUGACAUUAGAGUUAAAAAGAGUCCGCAGAAAAAGUUUAUUCAGAGUAGUACUAUUAUUUCACCGAUUGUCAAUGACAAGUACUUGCCAUCGAUAUCGAUCCCGCUAGUGACGAUCGACUUGACUAGUAUAGUGCCCGAUGGUAAGAUUGACAAUGUCGUUAUUGAAAAGCAAGCAGUCUGGUGUUUUUGUAAGAAUGGCGAUAUAUUCAAGUACGCAAUAUAUAGAGAAUGA